CACACACACGCGCGCGCGCGCGCAUACUAGCUCACUCACACGCUCCCUCACUCACUCACGCGCACGCACGCACAUGCUCUGGCCGGGGCGCGGGAGCUGCUCGCGCUGCGGUUCCUGGAAGGGCUCGGACUCCAGCGCGCGGGGUGUGUUUAUCUCAUGCCCUCAGCCGCGAUGAACAGCAGCAGCUUCCUGAAUAUGGCGGCGAUCGGAGACUUCGACCCGCUGAGCGCCGCCAUCCCCGCCACCAAAGUUGAGAUCACGGUCUCCUGCAGAAACCUGCUCGACAGGGACACGUUCUCCAAAUCAGAUCCAAUCUGCGUGCUGUACACCCAGGGCAUCGGCAACAAGGAAUGGAGAGAGUUCGGCAGGACAGAGGUGAUCGACAACACCCUGAACCCAGAGUUUGUGCGAAAGUUCAUCCUGGACUAUUUCUUCGAGGAGAGGCAGAACCUGAGGUUUGAUCUGUAUGACGUGGACUCGAAGAGCAGCAACCUUUCUAAACAUGACUUUCUGGGACAGGCGCAAUGCACUCUGGGGGAGAUCGUGGGCUCUAUGGGGAGUCGGUUAGAGAAGCCUCUGGGGGGCAUUCCUGGAAAGAAGUGUGGCACCAUUAUUGUGAAGGCUGAGGAGCUGAACAACUGCAGAGAAUCUGUGAUGAUGCAAUUUUGUGGCAACAAGCUGGACAAGAAGGACUUUUUCGGCAAGUCUGACCCUUUCCUCGUCUUCUACCGCAGCAAUGAGGACGGAACAUUCACUAUUUGCCAUAAGACAGAAGUGGUGAAGAACACCCUGAACCCUGUGUGGCAGGCCUUCAAGAUCCCCGUCAGAGCCUUGUGUAACGGAGACUACGACAGAACAAUCAAGAUCGAAGUGUAUGACUGGGACAGAGAUGGCAGCGUUUUCUCAGAUGCCAAGGACACUGUACAUCGUUUUAAAAGACUGGCAACCCAGGGCCAUGCUAAACAAUAUCAGGAACAUAUCAGAUCCAACCAUGAUUUCAUUGGAGAGUUCAGUACGAGCUACAGAGAGUUGUCCAGAGGCCAGUCCCAGUUUAACGUCUACGAGGUGAUAAACCCGAAGAAGAAAGGCAAGAAGAAAAAGUACCUGAAUUCUGGAACGGUAACACUCCUGUCCUUCCUGGUGGAUAUUGACGUCACUUUCCUGGACUACAUUAAGGGCGGGACUCAGAUUAAUUUCACUGUGGCGAUUGAUUUCACCGCCUCGAAUGGCAACCCUGCCCAGCCGACCUCUCUGCACUACAUGAGUCCAUACCAGCUCAACGCCUACGCCAUGGCGCUGAAAGCCGUGGGAGAAAUUAUUCAGGAUUAUGACAGUGACAAGAUGUUUCCCGCACUGGGUUUCGGUGCCAAACUUCCGCCUGACGGGCGAGUGUCCCACGAGUUCGCCCUGAAUGGAAACCCUCAGAACCCGUAUUGUAAUGGAAUAGAUGGUGUGAUGGAGGCGUACUACCAGAGCCUGAAGUCUGUCCAGCUGUACGGCCCCACCAACUUCUCCCCAGUCAUAAACCAUGUAGCCAGGUAUGCUGCCUCAGUAAAGGACGGCUCUCAGUACUUCGUCCUGCUCAUCAUCACAGACGGAGUCAUCUCCGACAUGGCCCAGACCAAAGAGUCCAUUGUCAAUGCUUCCUGUCUUCCCAUGUCAAUUAUCAUCGUUGGCGUUGGACCGGCUGAGUUUGAUGCGAUGGUGGAGCUGGAUGGAGAUGAAGUGAGGAUUUCGUCGAGAGGCAGAUAUGCAGAAAGAGACAUUGUGCAGUUCGUUCCAUUCCGAGACUACAUCGACCGUACUGGGAACCACAUCCUCAGCAUGGCCCGGCUGGCGAAGGACGUCCUGGCCGAGAUCCCCGACCAGUUCCUGUCCUACAUGAAGACCAGGGGCAUCAAACCCUCACCCGCGCCCCCUCCCUACACGCCCCCCGGACACCCGCUCCAGACCCAGAUCUGAUCCGCUAGCGUCCGUCUCUCCCUCUCUCUCUUUCGGUAUAUCUCUAUCUCUCUCUGAAACACUCAGUGAUGUAGAGGGGCUCGCUCGCCCCCCUCUAUCUGUCUCUCUCUCUUGUUGCACUAUGGGCAGUAGAAGGAAGACAGCAGCGUGGUCGGAGGAGGCCAGUGAGAGCAGAUUUACUACAAUUCUGUCAGGGUCUCUUUCUCUCUCUCUCUCUCUCUCUCUCUCCCGCUCUGCCUCGGAACCUGGCUAGCUUAUCUGUUGUAGCCUCAGUGUUGGGAUGGACAGGAGCCGGAUGUUAUUCCGGCUCUCUCUCGGACUGAUAGUAGGAGAUGAUGGAGGGAUGAGGCAGUGUCUCUUGGACUCAAUCGCAGGUUUUUCCAGGAGAACGGGCCGGGGGUCUUCAGCCUCUGGCCGUGAACCCACUCUCUCGACUGUUGUAAAUACCUUUGGAAAUAGAUAUUUCCUCUUAUUUAUGUAUAUCCUUCUCUCUGUCUCUCUCCUUCCCUUCUUUUUUACUUUCUCUUUUUUAUUUUCUUAAUUUUUUUUCUCUCUGUUUUACUUUCUUUACCUACUUUUCUCUCUUACUCUCUUUACUUGUAUAUUUUUCUUUAUCUCUUGUUAAUGUAUGCUACUUCUCUCUCUCGUUUUCUUUUUUUAACUUAUUUUUACCUCUCUUUCUCUAGUUUUCUUUAUUUUUUAAAACAUAUUCUACUUCUCUUUCUCUCUUUUUUUCUUAUUUAACUAACUACUCUUUUUUUCAUCUCUUUUUUUACUUUUUUAAUUUAAUCUACUUCUCGUUAUCUCUUUUUUUCUUUCUUCUUUUUGUCUCACUCUACUUUCACUUAACUCUCGUUUCUCUCUAUUUUUAACUCUUUUACCUUCCCUUUCUUUAUUUUUCCCUCUCUCUAUUUCUAUUAUCUUUCACCUUUUGUGUCUUGUUCUCUUUCUAUGAUUCUAUCUCUCACUUUUUACUUUAUCUACCUGUUUUCUUUUACUCUGUCUUCCCGUUUUUUUCUACAGUUCUCUUUUGCUCUUCUGCUUUACUUUAUUAUUUCUCUCUCUUUUUCUCACUUUUUUCUCUUUUAUUUUUUCCUUUUAUUUUUUUCAUCUUUUCAGAUUCUCAUUUUUUCUUCCCUUUCACAUUUCUCUUUUUAAUUUCUCUUUUUAAUUUUUUACAUUGCCUGCCUUGCUCUUACUUUUUUACUUUCUCUACUAUCUCUCUCUCUCUUUCUCUCUCUCUCUCUCUCUCUCUCUCUCUCUCACUCAGUGUUUACAUGUUGAUGAUUUUCUUACUGUUGGAUACUUUUAUAUGCGUAAAUCUUUCAAUAUGAACUUUGGAAUAUUUUGGGAAUCCUCUCGGCGUGUUGUCUUUGCCACGCGUCUCGCAGGCCGCAGCGACAGUUUAGCGUCACUCAAAAAAAGCGCAUCUCUUGCAUGGCGUGGAGUAACAGCCAGCUUUGUGAUGCAUGUUUGGAUUUCAUCUAUUUAUUCCUUCUUAUCUUUCUUUCUCUCUCUCUUUAUUUCUGUCACAUCGCCAUGGCACAAGCGUGGUGUUAGUUUGUGAGUGGGUGUGUGUGUGUGUGUGUGUGGGUGUGUAUGGGAAAAAGUGUGUUCCAUUGCAUUGAAACUUUAGCAGCUGCUCUCAAAUAGGAUUUGAGACUAUGAGCCCAGUGGUCAAAAACACAGAUGCCAUUGUUUUCUUCCAUUCGUUUCAGAUGUCCGCUUUGAAUAGAGCUGUGUGUGUGAGAGUGUGUGUGAGAGUGUUUUAUAGGUGUGUGAUUUGUGAAUCAGUCAUAUAUUAAUAUAGAUUAAUCUUAUCUUAAAUCUUAGUUGCCAGAUUUGCCCAAAGAAUCGAAUUAAAGCACAGCUCGAAAUUCCAACCUCACCCUCCAGCAUCACAGCGUAUUACAGUUCUUACAGUGUAGCUGUACCUGAACAUCUCCACUGAUUUACGAAUUAAUGAGAUCUUCUCCAAAAGCAGCUAUUAUCAGGAAGUCUUAGCAGGUCUCUUUUUAUACUGCGCAGCCUCAAACCACAUGUUAUUUACGCACAUCCCUGGAAAAUCUGGAAUGAUGUCGUUUUUAAUGACAUUUUACCGACCAGUUACUCCUUACAGUCUUAAACAGUCUUCACAGAAGCAUUGUAACUCUCUGUUUGUUGUGAAUAGAAAUGAGGGAAGGGUUUUUGUGAUUCAGUAGCAUUAACAGAUUAUAGUAAAAUGCCUUUAGACACUUAAUAACAUGAAUGAUAAAUGAAAAAAAACAGUGUUUUUCAUUGUAGCUGUUAGCUCUUUACAGACCCAGUUUGCCUAUUUAUGCUCCACCCACAAAUAUGCUCUUCCAAAGCAACUGGUGUGAGGUUGAGGAAGCUUUACAGAAUGUUGGGACUGCACAACUCAGUUGGGAUGCAAAAGUACAUUAUACCCUGUAUAUAUAUAUAUAUAUAUAUAUAUAUAUAUAUAUAUAUAUAUAUAUAUAUAUAUAUAUAUAUAUAUAAAAUCACACUACAUUGUUGCAUUAUGACUAUACCCUGCUGAAAAAAAAACAGCUGAAGACUUAAAAAAAAGCUUUAAAAAAAAAGAUAAUCUAAGAUGGUCUUUAUUGGCCAGGAGGGACCAAAAAUGUUAAAACAGCCCCUGUUUAGCCAUUUUUAAUUUUUAUGUUUUAAGAACAUUUCUGAAACAUUACUUCUGUAACAUUACAAGCUAACCUUCCUGGAAACAUUUCAAAACAUUUGUAAAUCUUCUUAUAACUUUCUCUCUUAGCUGGGAUCUUGUUAGUCAUAUUAGUCAACCAGCAUUGAGCAGUUGACCAGGGAAACCAAGGAAAACAGUUGCGAUGACAAAGCAUGUCUAUGGGUGCAACAUGAAUAGGCUUCCUGUCAUACGGGUGAGAAUGCUAUAAUCAUAAAUAAAUUAUAAGAAGCAUCGGACCCCCUGCCCCUUUUAAAUACCCCACACAUAUUAGGAGUAAUGUGAACGCCACAGUAUGUAGCAGAUUCAUUAAAAGACUCGAGUUUAAGUGGACUUUUUGUACUUUCACAGACUGUAAUGUGCUGAAGCCUCGUGUCGUCUGAUGCAGGAUCUUUCUGUAGCUCUGCUGGUGUGAGUGGGAGUGUGUGCCACGAGUUGUUUUUCUCACUCGAGUUAGUUUAAUAUGAAGUUCAUCGCUGAUCUGCCUUGAACUGCAAUCAGGAAUUUUUACAGUGAAAAAUAUGAAACCGUCAGGCGUAAACAGGUCUUCAAUAACAUACUGAAGAAAUGCAAUUCUUAUAUAAAAUCAUCUGGACAAAAUAUACACUGAGCUGCCAGUUUAUUAGGCAUUAUUGGUCAUUUUCUCAUCAUUUUAUGUACAUAUACAUACACGCUGUAGGUUUACAGAUAGUGACUGAAUACCUUACAGAUGUUCUGAUAAUGGUUCUGAUAAUAUUUCUAAUAACAUCUGGACAGUGGUGGUUCAGUUUUAUUGGAGGAACAGGUUAAAGAGUGGGACUGGUGGGCUCUGCACCAACUGAUGGGCUACAGUCAGUCUCUCUAAACCACUUUAUACACUUACAAAGUGCACUUUUAUUGUAGGUAGGUGUUUCUUAUAAAGUGGCCAACUGGUUUCAGUCCACAGUCGGUGUAUUAAAAUAAAGGGGUGGAAAAUACUUAAGUAGUUAUAGUUUGUUGCUUUACUUACAUAUAAUUUUGAGGACUUUUUAAUUGAUUUGAGUAUUACUAAAUAACAAUUACAUGUACUUUACUCAUCUCAGUACAUUACCAAGAAUAAAAAUACUUAAUAUUGGAAAAAGUACUUGCUACUCCAUUUGUAAUUCAAAGUACUCAUUGCAGAAGAACCAAUAUAAUGUAUUUUCAGUAUCAUGUAUUACUUUACAGAAUGUUAAUGUAAAACAAUAUAAAUACAGUUGUGGAAAAUACUCGAUUUUUUUAUUACUGUUAUUAAGUAUUAUUUUGGAGGAUUGUUAGUUUGAGUAUUAUUGAAAUUAACUACAUGUCCUUUAACUAAUUACAUUUCUGAGACCCUUCAAAACACAAAUUUAUAAUUAUAUAGCCUACUGAAAAAUAUUGCCUGCUAAUUACGGUAUUUUGAAGAACUUUUUACUUUUUGUGUACUUCAAAGCACGUAUUAGUCAAGUACCAGUGCUAUCUGUUAUCUGUUUGUAAUAUCUAAUUGUUAUUAGUUACUGUGCUUGAAGAGCCACUAAGCCCUAAACCAUAUUUUUCCUUAAAUAGCUAAAAUGUGUGACUUUGACAUGAUGAAGCAUACCAGUCCUCCUAACCUUUCAAAAACAUUUUAUUGUAGUAUUGUAAUUUCCACCUCUGCAGCGCCCUCUUCGGUUCAACUGUGCUAUAGACGAGGAUGAUGUGUCUGUGUGCAGAUCAGUUAAUCAAUAAAACCGCCCCCCUGCUGACAUCCAACCAUCUGCAUCUCAUCGUUAUCAAAGGCAUACUGCAGCUCAGCCAAUCAGCUCUUCCUCCUGCCCUGCCUCUAAACCCAUACAUCACCCAGUGCUGAGGGUGGAGUCAGCUAAAUCAGGGGAUUUAGUGACCCCUUAAGUAUUAUUUUGAGACGUUUUAAAAUACAUUUUACAUAUACUGUACAUGUGCUCAAUUACAUUUUCAUAAAAAAAACUAACUUUUUACAUUUAUAACAUUUUAUUAACAUUUACAAGUGCCAUCUAUCAUUAUCUAACUUUAUCGGCUUGUGCCUAUCAUACAGGUUACAUUAGUGUAAAAACUGAUUUUAUAAAUCUUGCUUCAAUCUUGCGUAAAUAUAUAUUGUCUAUAUUGUUUUUCUUUUCCCUCAAAGUAUAUUUUUCCCCAUUUUAACCUGAGUAUUUUAUUUUAUUUUAUUUUUGUGAGAAGUAUUUUAACACAGUAACCUCACUAUCUCUUAAGCCCAGUUUUUUGGUGCACUCUUACCCCCUGCUGAAUAAGCUGGCAGCUCAGUGUAGAGUACCCGGCGGGGUGUGGCAGUGCCGGACAGUAGGAGUGUGUGAGAGUGCUGUUGGGGUGUGUGUACUCUCCGUAUCGAGUCUGCUGCUCGGUUGGCAGCUCGUUUUAGCUCUUACGUCUAACUGUCGUCCUUCGCCGGUGCCGCAUCUUAUACCAAGAUCCACCACAUCAGAGCAUGCAUGCCUGCGUAUGAGUGUGUGAGGAGUGUGUAUGAAUGUGUAUUUGUGUUUGUAUGUAUAUGCGUGUGUGUGUGUGCGCAUGUGAGUAUGUGUGUGUGUGGGUGUGGGUGGGUGGGGAUGCUGACGAGUGCCAAUCUGGCAGGUUUUCAUCUGAGGGUUAAACGUGUGAUUCCAUUCACAUGAACUCUGUUUACUGAAGAUAUCCAAAUAAUAUAUCGUAUGCUUGUCAUAUCUUAUAAAUAUAAUGUGCACUAUGUUUGCAUGUACAGUUUUACAGGAGAUGCACCAGUUCUUUUGUUAUUAAUAGAGUGUUUUUGAGACAAAAAAAGUGAAAAAAAAUGGAAAACAACUGUACAAACUUGCCUUAAUCUCUCACUGAAUUCUUGGAAUUGUGCAAUGCCUUCAGAUAUGAAUCGUUCUAUAUUUUGUGUCGGUGUAGAAUUGCUUUCUAGUGUCUAUUUUCUUUGCACAACUUCAUGUAUUAAAAAAAGAGAAAUCAUAUUGUACUUUUGGAAAUCGGUGAUUAAUCAGAGAAGCAUGAUUGCAGUAACUGAUUGUCUGGUAAAUCCAUAUGAUGAAAUGAUUAUUUCUGUAUUAAAAGUAUUGAUUUUGGAAUAAACAUUCUUACUAAACACGU